AUGGGAUCGUUCAGGUGUGCAAUUACCAUUAAAUGGUUUCUCAAGAUUUGGAAAACUAGAAACGCCCUGUUCUUUGAAAAGGUGCAAGCAAGUUCUUGUACUGCAGCAACUAAGGCACUGGAAGAGGCUGACGAGUGGUUUGACGUCAACUUCAAGGUUCCUCAAGCUCAGCCAGUACAGGUGGAGACUAUUAACAGUUCUGUUUCAUGGUCUCCUCCUCCUGCAGACUUGUUAAAAUGCGAUGUUGGUGUGAGAUGGAAUAGUGCUGAACGUAUAUGUGGAGCUGCUUGGAUAAUUAGGAAUCACGAUGGAAAAGCUCUUUUACACAGUAGAAGAGCCUUUACUGGUGUUAAUUCCAAGCUUGAAGCAGAGUUGCAGGGAUUUUGCUGGGUGAUGGAAAGUCUUAUAUCGACGCACUAUACGAAUAUCAUUGUAGAAUCAGAUUGUGGGAUGGCCAGGGAGGCCAUUUUGAACCCAACCAGAUUCCCUUGGUUUGGUUACCUGCUAGAAAAGAUUAUUCAUGCACUGCCGUUCUUGUAUCCGUGUUCUCUAGAACAUGUUGAAGGUGCAAGGAAAAAGGUUGCAGAGAAAAUUGCAGUAAGCGUGACUAGAGACCAUCGGUGCCAGUCAUAUGUAGCUUCUGGUGGUCCUCGUUGGUUAUUGAAUAGAUUGGAGUCGGAAGCACGAAGAGCUUGUACUUGA